AAAAUGACGGAUUACAUGGCACAAAUGCUCAAUGAGCUCAUGGGAUCGCAGAGAGACGCGAAUCCCGGCGAGCGCAGAGAAAUUCGCUACGACGACCCAAAUGUGUGCACCGACUUCCUUGUUGGCUUCUGUACGCACGAUAUAUUUAGGAAUACGAAAAAUGACUUGGGAUUCUGCAAAUAUACGACACACGACGAAAAUCUCAAAAAUUCGUAUAAAAACUCGGAUAAAAAGUGGCGAAUGGGAUUUGAGAAGCGAUUCCUGGAGCGGAUUCGCCGAAUUCAUGAAGAUGUUCGCCGGAAGAUUCAGAAGCACGAAGAUCGGCUCGCCGUGACUCAGGGCGAGUCGAAAAGUGCCGAGGAGACGUUUGGGCAGAAAAUUCUGGAAAUUGAGCAGCGCCGGGAGCAAUUGACGAAAAAAAUGGAGGAUUUGAUGGAUGAAGCCGCGUUGGAGGGAGAAAAAGGAAAUGUGGACGCAGCGCAGACCGCUGUUGAUCGUGCGGACAAGGCAAAGGUGGAAGUCGAAGAGCUCACUCAGGAAGCGGAAAAAUUGAAAUCGGAGAAGGAAAGAGCCAUAAAUAUGGAGGAAAAUGUCACUGCAGGAAACCGGCAAAUGCAAGUGUGUCAAAUCUGCGGCUGUUUCAUGCUCCAAAACGAUGCUCCACAGCGUGUCGACGAUCAUUUAACCGGAAAAUUGCACAUUGCCUACCAACAAAUCUCCGAUACAAUUAAAACAAUCGAACUGGAAAUGCAGACGAGUCAGCAGAAGGCUGAGAUGAAGCGAAAACGUUCGAGAAGCCGAUCUACGGAUCGAGGCGCGGAUCGGAAACGAUCUACGGAGCAGCACCAUCACAGUCAUCGGAGCAGCCGGGAUCAUAGAGAUCAUCGGCACCGGGAUCAUCGUGGAGAGCACAGAGAGCACAGAGAGCACAAAGAGCACCGGAGAGAUGAUCGGCAUCGAUCGGAGAGAUCAGAAAGAUCAGAAAGAUCGGAAAGAUCCGAUAGAGAGCGAAAACGCCACUAGACCGCCGCCGCCGCCGUCGUGCCGGGACCCAAAAUUCUCCAAAUUUUUGCACAAUCUUCUCUUGUUAGCUCCCCACCAAAAGUACGUUUCCUUCAGCGAUUCGCAGGUGAGUGGACCGCCCCUCUAAUUACAGAUUUUCAGAUUUUUUGGGCCUGAAAAUAGGCCGUUUUAAGCCCAAUUUUCGCUCGGCCCCGCCCCCUUUUCAGGUUUCUGUAUCCCCGGAAUCUUGUUCGCCGAUCUAUGAAAUUUUGUCAGUGUGUGUUGAUCAGUUAGUUGACUAUCAUCGACCCAAAAUUAUCGAUUUUUCGGGAAAAAUUAUUGAUUUUUUUCAGAUUUCUCUAUCUACACCGAGCCGCCCACACGUUUUCACCUGCUAAUUAUCGAUUUUUUUAAAUUGAUUUUUUAUUAUUUAUCUCUCUGUAGAAUCUUUUUGGUCUGUGAAUUGGAAUAAAAUUGAUUU